UUUUAAAGUUUAAUUUUCAGUAUGAACAUUGGAAUAAAAAACCGCGCCAAUUACCCAACCGUUAGCAACCGUAACCAACCGCUUCCUAAAAUCCAACGGCUUCAAUACUCUCAUCAAAACUUGAUCAACUGCUUUAUAAAGCUGGUGUACAAUAAAAGUUCCUUCAAACUCUCUCAGUCAUGGCAUUCCAGGUCCAUCUUUUCAUACUCAUUUCACUCUUCACUUUCCCCUUCUUAGCCUUUGCUUCUGAACUUGCAGGUAAUCCUUCGGUGCCGUUAUUUGCUUUCAGUUGGUUGGAUGACAAGAACAAGUUUCUAGCAGGGGAUACAGCAGCUAUAAGGAUCAUAGUACUAGGAAAUUUUGACAGUCAAGGAAAUGCUUCACUUGAAAAAAGUGCUUUCAAGCCUUCACUCACAAUAAAUGACAAGGUGGGAAAUAGCUGUUACAUUUCUGGGGUUGUGCUAGAGACUAGUGGAGACACUAGUAAUUGGAGAAUUUUAUUCACCCCAAUCCUGGUUGGUUUGUUUAAUUUGUUAAUCCUUGAAGACCCUUUUAAAGUAUUGGACUCCUCUCUUCAUUUCUAUGUUGACCCAGGGCAAAUGUAUCCAUCUGUCUGUGUUGCUUCAUGGAUGGGUGGUGUGAAUGAGUUUGAAGCGGGGACAAAAGCGACAUUUCUGAUACUUCCUAAAGAUGCAUUUGGAAAUAAUGUUUCUUCAACAAGCAAUGACUCAAGUUCUUUUAAUUUCACAGUGUCUGUAUUUUAUGCAAGUGGUUCCUUUAUUAACAUGCCAAACGUUACUAACAUGGGUUGGAAUGAAAUUGGUUAUAUCAUUUUAGAGUUUAUUGUGAGCACAGCCGGGGACCUUUCAUUGUGCGUCGAAGGGGGAAAACUGACCUUGAAUGGCUCUCCACUACCAUUCAAGGUCAAUCCAGGACGGCUAGACAUUUCCAGUUGCCAGGCCAAAUGGAAAUAUGAAGUGGUUGCCUGGCAGAUUUUUUCCAAGAUGGAAGUAUUUGUACACCAGCAUGAUCAAUAUGGGAACCUUGUUCCAGGAAUAUACGCAUUUGAUGCUGAUAUUGUUGAGAAAGAGACAAAUCUGUCUAUACCAGUUGUAGAUUUGCACUUUGAAGAAGUCACUCCAGGAAUUCAGUUGCUUUCUUUUACUAUACAGGAAUCGGGGAACUUCUUACUCACAAUAUCUGAUAUGAAGCAUAAUAUAAGCAUCUCCAACAUGCCUUUCGCUUAUUCUGUCUUUGUAGGCUAUUGUGAUGGAUUAAGCAGUGUCGUCAAUGGCUCUGGUUUAAAUGCUUCUGUUGCUGGGGAAAUUUCAGUCUUCUCAGUUUAUUUGAAUGACAAUUUUCGAUUCCCAUCUCCAGUUGAAUUAGAAAUGCUUCAAGUACAAACUAUAAGGGAAAUUGAUUCUUAUCAAAUACGGCCAAAGAUAUUGCCAACACAGAUUAUAAAUGGGAGUGGAUCUACUGAAGAGCUGAACAAUGGUUCUAUUGACCAGUUAGAAAUUGCUGUGGCACCAUCAGUUGACCAGACUAACACUUCUUCAGAGAACUCAACAGUUCUGGCCAGUGCUUUUGAUGUUACUUAUAUUCCUGAAAGGAGUGGUAUUUAUAAAAUUCUGGUACUCUGCGGAAAUAUUGUAUUGAAUGGUGGUCUUCCAUUCACAAUGGAAGUCAAAGCAGGAGAGAUGAAUAUAUCACUCUCAGGAGCUGUGAAGUUUAGUCCUAAGGUGCAAAGGCUGAUUACACAUGAUGUAGUGGUCCAGCUAUUGGAUUCCUUUUCUAAUCCUAUACUGUCACAACAGUCGAGGCUGAAACUAGAGAUUGCUUCAGUAAACAAUUCUGGCUUUUCAAGUUGGAUGUUCGAGGAUAACAAUGAUGGUUCAUACAGUGGUCGCUAUCUGGCUAUGGAUGUAGGCACCUAUGAGAUGUGUGUUUCAUUUGAUGGCACACGUUUCUUACCUUGCCCUUUCGGGGUUUAUGUGUACAGUAGUCUAUAUUUUCCUAAAGCCUAUGAUGAUAUAGUGUCUGUUUGGGAGGAUGAGUCAAUUGCUUUUGAUGCUUUGGAUAAUGACUAUUUUGCCGGGGAUUGGGCAAGCAUUGUCGAAUUCUCCAAACCUGGUUUUGGUUCACUUCUACAGUCUGGGCGGAUCUUCAGAUAUACCCCUUACAAAGAUUAUAUUGGGAAUGAUUCUUUUUCAUAUACAAUAUCUGAUGUCAACGGUAACCUCGCUACCGCUGCUGUCAACAUCUCUGUUCUCAGUAUCCCACCACAGUUUGUUUCCUUUCCUAGUCAACUGCAAGCAACUGAAGACUUGAUAAGUCCCAGGUUCGGUGGUUUCACUGGGUUUGGAAUCAGAUAUUCAGAAAUGAUGGAGAACAUCUCUGUCACUCUCAGUGCAAGGUCGGGGACUGUAUUUUUGUCUUCUAUGCUAAUGCAGUUUUGGCAGCCAAUGUGGAGUGGCCUUUCUGUAAGUAAUGGAAAUGAAAACAUGAAGGAUUUGAUCAUAGAAGGCAGUGUAGAUGUGAUCAAUUUUACCCUUCAGUCAGUCCAAUAUCUUGGAAAUGAAAACUUUUAUGGGGAGGAUACCGUUCGAAUCUCUGCCAGAAACAGGAAUGGGAAAAAUGAUUUGGAUAUUCCAAUUUUUGUAGAACCAGUUAAUGAUCCUCCAUUUAUUGAAGUCCCUCAACAUAUUAUUCUGAAUGCUACCGGAGAUGAGUCACAAAUAUUCAACAGAGAUAGAGACAAGUUCAAUUUCUGUGUUGGGGAUCCAGAUAUUAAUAAGUAUCCAGGCGGUGCAUCUCACUUCAUGGUCGCAUUUUCCAUGGAAGUCAGUGAUGGAUUAUUGCUAACCAGUCUACCAGCUGAGCUCAUCAAUGAAACUGAACUGAAGCUAAAGGACAGUUAUCUAUGGCAACCUCUUCAGACGUAUGUUACUAUCUCAAAACAUUUUAAGGUCCAAGCCAGUGGAAUUAGAUUCCGGGCAACAGUAGAUGAUUGCAAUACUGUAAUGCAACAACUCUUCUAUCAUGGUGAGGAACAUAACGUCGUUUUGACUGUGAAAGUGAACGAUAUGGGGCACUAUGGUUGUUAUCCAGACUGUGCUGAAAAAUUCUUCGUGCCUCUACAAGCAGAGGCUACUGUAAAUUUGAUCAGAAGAAGACCAAUGAGUUCAUUGGUAGCUCAUACCCUAGGAUCAGCUAUAGUCAUUGAAUUUAUUAUGGUGCUUUUUCUUGGGGUUCUGCUUCUUUUCUUUACAUGCAAAUGUGCAAUUCUUCUAGUGAAUGAGAGAAGGGGCCGCCACACCAAAAACUCAGAGCUUUCUGAGAUGCAGAGUUCCCAAAAAGAAACCUCAAGAACAAAUCUACCAGAGGAUGACACAUCUUACUUCACUGGCUGUUGCUCAACCUCCUUCAUGUUCAGCAAUCCACCUUCUAGCUUUCGCCAGCGAAUUUCCAGGUCCUGCCGUGGCAAUGAGGGCGGAGAAUUAGUUAAGGACAUAACUCAUCCCUCUGAAGCUUCUGGCGAUGAGUCUCUGCAUAGCCUCAUGCCACUUUCUAUAGAAAAAGCAGCAGACUGAAACAAUUGCAAAAUCUUAAACUUUUUUGAAGUAAAUAGAAUUUUCAUUUGAUAAUUAUUCAAGGAUCUUUUAAAUGCGGCUUGUACCCUAUGUAGCUUCUUUUAAAGAUUUCAUUAUUUUGUAGAAGAGUAUUUUCGUCAUUU